AUUUGAAAUGGAGGCAUUCGAUGAAGAACCCUCGAUUAUGGUCAAGACCCUCAACACAGGUUUCCUUGACCCUGACUAUCGGGAAGAAGAUGAUACCAUCCCUGAAAAGGUGAUGAACAUGGGGGAAGAGUUCCUGCCAAGAUCAGGCCACUCAGCAACUCUAAUAGGGAACCAUAUUUAUCUGUUUGGAGGUCUCGACAGUGACAAAAAGGCGUAUGAUUCCUUACUCUCUUUUGAUAUCGAGCAAAUGGAGAUCAUGAAAGUCAAGCCGAAAGGAAUUAUGCCGAAAGGAAGAGCGUCUCACGCAGCCUGUGCUGAUAUUCUUCAAUCUAGAAUAUAUUUUCAUGGAGGUGCAGACAUCAGUGGAACAGUCUAUGAUGAUCUUAUAAGCUAUUCUCCGGUCAAGAACAGGUUUGAAUCUAUCGAGACGACUGGAGAUAAACCUCCCCCGUUGUAUGGACAUUCUUUGGUGCCGUAUAAGCACUACUUGUACCUAUUCGGUGGCACAUCAGGAUUUGUUUAUUUCAACCAUUUGUUCAAGCUUGAUCUUAUUACGAAAGUCUGGACUGAAAUAAAAUCUACUGGGAAAAUUCCAGAAAGCCGCUAUAAACAUUGUGUUGUGUGUAAUUAUCCUACAGAUCCGGCCAAGAUGCCGGCUCUUGACAAUGACGACCCAGACUGCUUCUAUGUAAUUGGAGGGAACAACGGGAAGAUCAACUUCGGGACUAUCCACAAGUACGACUUGAGGAGCAACAAGUGGGAGAAUUUAAAGAUUAAGAGGAAUCAGGGACUUUUCAAAGGAAGAUUCGGGCACUCUUCUAUCUAUUUUAAUGAGUCAAUUUAUAUCUUCGGUGGAUGGGCGGACAAAAAGAGACGGAAUGACCUCCUUAGGUUUAACUUCCAGAAAUCGUCCUGGGUUAAGGAAGACGUCGGGGACGAGCACUACAUGCCUUCUGAGAGAGACUUCCACGCCUCUGUUCUGCAGGAUAACUACUUUUACAUUAUUGGAGGUAGUGACAAAUAAGGUGAAGCUGAAUGAGAUUCAUAGGAUCAAGAUCAAGGAUGAGAACCCUUCUAGAACUUUCAGUAAAGACUUUGGAAGAUUACUUGAUCAACUCACCGAAGAUCACUUCUUUUCUGAUUGACAUAUCACAUUCACAGACAAAGAGGGAGAGUCAAAGGAGACGGUAUAUUCUUAUUACCCCUUGGUCUGAAGACGGGCUUCAAAAAUACUGGAGGAUUGUAAGAAGAUAGAAGGUGAAGAAGUGGUUCUGUAUGAAGUCCAUAAAGAAUUGUCCUCUCCGAUACACACAGGAGCGAUCAGAUGCUUGUUUGAGUACAUAUACACUGACUGGAUUGACUUUAAAAGCUUCGACCUAUCCAUUUGUUUUCCUUUGCUUCAAUAUGCGAUUGAGCUUCGGUUGCUAAGACUAACAAAGAUAGUCUCCCAGUACAUCGUGUUAAACCUAAACUUUGCUAAUACCGUCGAGUACCUCAAUCAGGUCACUGAAAUUGAGGAGGAAUUUGAUUUGGGCAACAGGAAGUCUCUUGAUAAAGAGUUUAAUACUUUUAGGCAAGUAUUUGGGACUCUCAAAAAGGCCAUUCUCAAAUUUGUGACUACUCACAAGCGAAAGUUCAAGAGUAUGAAGCAGUAUGAAGAUUUGAACCCCCACUCUGUCCUUGCGAUUGACGAAUACUGCGCUCUUAAAGUUGCUAGGACAAAUAAGAAAUCUCCUUACGAUGGAAGUCCAACUAAGAGGGCGAAGGCAGACCCUUCUGUUGUGAACACGAAUUUACUCAGCGUUGAACGGGUAGCAAAGAAUUUUUCUAAUGAGCUUAAGGAAAUUUAUGAGGAUAGAUACCAUAAUUACACCAUAAAAUGAGGCUCGAAUACUUUCCUGUCGGACAUGUUUGUCCUAGCGGGCAGGAGCGAUUACUUUAGAGGCAUGUUCUUGAGUUCCAUGAGCGAGAAUAUCAACAGAGAGCUUGAAAUAGCCCUGCCCACAGGUAUAAAACCCAAGACAUUCAGGGUGUUCAUCAAGUAUCUGUACUGUGACGAUGUGGCUCUUCCAGACAAACUUGAUGUUGAAGAGUCAGCUUAUCUCUUUGAAUGUGCUGACUUCUAUCAAAUCACUAAUGCGGACAGACUGAAAGCUCUUUGUGAAGCAAGGGUAAAACAAGAGGCAUCUACUGAUGUCAGAGACGUCUUCGAGCAGACAGUCAAGCUUGGUGAUAAGUAAUGCUU